AUGGCGACGCGGACCGUCUGCGGGACGUACGGCGUCGACCGUCGUUCCCCCCGCGGUGACUCUCGCGCCGGCGGUCGCGUGGUCCGCGCGACCCCCGCGGGCCGGCUCGGCGGGUCUCUCGCGGCCUCUCGCGGCCGGCAUGGGCGGGCGGGGCACGUCUCGCGCGCCACGCUCGACGCCGAGGGCAUCCCGUGGAACAUUCCGGACGCAAACAAGAAGAAGAACGGUGACGCCAAGGCCCCGCCGGGCCUCUCCCUGGAGCAGUUCCCCGGCGAGACGUUGCCAGAGCUCGCGGACAGGCUCGAGGCGGCGGUGGAGAAGGCGUUCGGCGAUCGGAUGUACGAGGAGUGCGUGGUGGACAUGACGCCGUUCGGCAUCGAGGAGUGCUACGGCGACGUGGCGUCCGCGGUGGCCGAGGUGGUGGUCGCCGCGAACGCGGCCGAGACUGCUGGCAAGUUCAACAUGGCGCUGCGUCGUAAAGAGCUCCGGCGCCUGCGAGCGGCGCUGUGGGAGCUGAGGCUCACGCUGGAGAAGCACGGCCCAGGUUCGUGCACCAUGAGCAUCAGGCACAGGCUCGAGGCACUACGAUCCGCGUCCCUGGACGUGUGCCAUCCCCAGAUGCGCGCGCACGACGCCCCCAACGCCACCGCCAUACCCAACUUCCAGACGGUCCACCUCGACUUUUCAGUCGACGCGCUUCCCGAUCCCUUCAGUUCAGAUCGGUCCGGAUCGUUCGACGGCGCCGACGCGUUGUGUCGCACGGAGCCGCCCGAGGUUGCGUUCUACCGAGGCGGUCAGCCCACCGCGGAGGGCAGGGCGUGGAUGGUGUCCCGGGGCUUCAAGACGAUCGUCGACCUGAGGUUCGAGGACCGGGAUAACCAGUGGACGCGGCCCCUCGGCGGCGUCGACGGCAAGGGGGGCAAGGUGGGUCACGUGGAGUCGCAGCUGGAGGUUGUGCACAUCCCGGUGACGGACAUGGAACCCCCGUCCUUCGAGGCCGUGGAGAGGUUCAUCGAGAUCGCCAACGACGAGACCAAACGCCCCAUGCUGGUGCACUGCAAGGCGGGCAUCGGCCGCACGGGUAGCAUGGUGAGCUGCUGGCGCAUCUCGCGCGGCAUGGACGUCGAGGAGGCGCUCGCGCUGGAAUCCCUCAACUGCGACUUUGGCUCCAUCGCGCAGGAGGCUUUCGUGCGUUCGUUCGCGGACAGGUUCGUGCAGAAGCGAAAGACGGCGGAGGAGAUGAAGCGGGAGGAGGAGGACGCGUGGACCGCGGAGCGCGAGAAGGUUGCCGAGCGGACCCGGCGGGAGCGGGCGGAGACGCGGCUGGCGAACGUCGCGAAGGAGAGCGAGUCGCGACGGAGGAAGGGCGGGGACCCGAUAUACCGGGUGGUGGAGGCGUCCGCCUCCGUCGAUCUCAGCGACGACGGCAAGUCGGUCUUCGAGCAACCCGCCGACAAAUCCGAGUCCAGGACGAGUCGGGGCGGAUCCUUCUACGAGGGCGCGGGGUUCCACGAGGACGACUUUGACAACGUAUCCGCGAACCGGGUCCCGUCGACUUCCUUCGGACCCGAGGGGACCGGGUCCGGAGGUGUUCGGGCGGACGAACCCGUGGCGAUUGGGGAGCACUCGGACCUGGAUCAGGCGCCCGACAUGUACGUCAUCCGCACGGACGGGUUCACUUGCACGCGCGAGGAGAUUGAGGAGCGCAUGCUCAAGAUUUCUCACCCGUCCACCCAGCAGCUGGUGCUGGUGUGGCGCAAGCCCCCCAAGCGGAUCUUCAUCCUCAAGAAGCUCGGCCCGGCGCUGCUGCAGAACCUGGUGGAGGUUGCCCACGCCAUGUUGUCCAUGGGCUUCCAGGUUGUCGUCGAGGCGAGCGUGCUGGAGGAGAUGCGGAUCGAGCGGGAACACGCUCGCGAGAUGAACGAAGGCGCGAACGGUUCCAGAAGGGCUCCGAGGGAUUUUGCCGGAACGUACGACGAGAGCGAGCACGCCGAGGAGAUCCGCGAGUACGUGUACUCCACGUGCGAGGCGCUCAAGGUGGACGAGAUGACGGGCCGGAUACCCAAGGAGGACUGGGGCACGUUCGACCUCAUCGUCUGCCUCGGCGGCGACGGCGUCAUCCUCCACGCGUCCAAGCUGUUCCAGGGUCCGGUUCCGCCCGUGCUGGGUUUCCACCUCGGAUCGAUGGGCUUCCUCACGAACCACCCGCCCGAGCGCAUGGCUCAGUCGCUGCUCCAAUCCGUGGGCAAGGGGACGAAGAAGGUUGCGAACGUCAAGGGCGGCAUCCCGAUCACGCUGCGCAUGCGGCUGGAGUGCACUUUGGUCAAGGCGCGGGAUUCGGAGCGAAACGGCGGCGGCGGGACGCCCUCGCACACGUUCACCAUCCUCAACGAGGUUCUCGUGGACCGCGGCCCGUCCCCGUUCCUGUCCAAGAUCGAGGCGUACGACCGCGGUCAGCUCAUCACCACCAUCCAGGCUGACGGCGUCAUGCUGGCGACGGCGACGGGGUCCACCGCGUACUCGGUCUCCGCUGGCGGGUCGAUGGUGCACCCCAACGUGCCCGCCAUUUUGAUGACCCCGAUCUGCCCGCACACGCUCUCCUUCCGGCCCGUGAUCUUGCCCGACUCGGUCGAGGUGGAGCUGAGGGUGGCUGACGACGCGAGGCAGAGCGCGUGGGUGAGCUUCGACGGAAAGGAGCGCGCGGAGCUGAUGCCCGGCGACUCGGUGUUUAUCCGAAUGUCCCAGUUUCCCGUCCCAACCGUCAACUACGCGGACCAGACUGGCGAUUUCAUAUCGUCGCUCCGACGAUGUUUGCGGUGGAACGAGCGCGACGAGCAGCAGCCGCUGGACGAGACUGCGAAACGAGAGCUUCGCAAGCUGAGCGAGCCGAGGUCGAUCUCGGUGGACAUGUCGGCUUCGCAAUCCGUCGACGCCGACGAGGUGGAGAACCCGGUGAAGCCUAGGUGA